ACCAUUUUAUUACUGCAUAUCACUCCCUAUGCAUUUGCGGACAAUUUCUCUCGUAACUCAUACUCUGCUUUCAGUACAGACGCUUUUACAUCUGUUACAAAAAGCUGAAAAGCAAUCUAUUGACGUUUCAUUUGAAAAUGCUGAAGUAUACAACAGACCCUUCACUGUGGAAGUAUACAACAGACCCUUCACUUUGGAAGUAUACAACAGACCCUUCACGUUGGAAGUAUACAACAGACCCUUCACUUUGGAAGUAUACAACAGACCCUUCACUUUCGAAGUAUACAACAGACCCUUCAUGUUGGAAGUAUACAACAGACCCUUCACUUUGGAAGUAUACAACAGACCCUUCACUUUCGAAGUAUACAACAGACCCUUCACUUUGGAAGAGUUUCAGGAUGCUCUUCGUAUAGCCCAUGAUACUUCAGUGAGACACGACAAGCUAUAUGUAUCUGCCAGUUCGUCUUCUGCAACGGUUUCCUCACUGGACGAGGUCAAGUUUGUGCUGGAGAUGGAAGGAGACUCAACAACAUCGUCCACCACAUCGACCUUGUCUUCCGACUCCAGAUCAAACCGUCUGUCCAGAACACUACAGUCUUUGUCUGCCAUGGAAUAUAUCUCUUCCAGUGUACAUUUUUUAAUCUCCAAGCUGACUAACGACACAUUACUGACAGGUCUGCUAUCAGCUUCACAAGGCCUUGGUUGAUCUGCCGGAGAUAGGUUUUCACGACUGGCUAUAUACUACGUUUUCUCCACGUACAGGUAUACGCAACAGUUUAAAAAAUCUUUGAUCAUCAUUCAUAAUGUCUCUAACAGACAAUGCACUGACCAUUUUGUAUACUGUCUGACAGGUGGACUGGACAGAGAGUUUAUAAAGAGUUAACAAUUCUGACAAACACUCGGGAGAGAAAAUGUUUUCAUAUAACACCCAGAUUUUGUGUUGAUGAUGAGUGCAGUUUGGUAUAGAUUUCAUCAG